ACCCCUACUCUCAUAUGACCCUACGAUCUGUGGUGCAUUCAGUGUGCAGAAAAGCCUUGCUACAAACCACAGGAGAACAUCAUUCAGGAUGAUCAGACUCUGUGUAAUUUUGGCUCAUUUCAGCAAAUUAUAUUUGGCAUUAAGCAAUACGGUUGUUCAGCCUAGUCCACUCUUGACAGUUGAAGCCGGAGACAAUGUGACUUUGGAAUGUUCAUUUCCCAAAGACGAGGCUCAUUCUGUGUUUUGGUUUAAGCUAAUUAUCAGCCAGAGACCUCUUCUAAUAGCAUCAACUUUCAAAUUUGCGUCAGAGGCAACAUUUCACAACAACUUUAAGCCAACACGCUACAAAGUGAAAAUAUAUGAGGAAAUCAAUCAUUUUAUAAUCUUAAAGACAGAACCAUCGGAUUCAGGGAUGUAUUACUGUGGAACGAGAAGAGAUUACUUAAUUCUGUUUGGAGCUGGAACUUUUCUUACAAUAAAGGGUUCCAGAAAACAACACAGAUACAGUAAAGUAGAGCAGUAUCCUGUGUCUGACCCAGUCCAGCCGGGAGACUCUGUGACCCUGCAGUGUACAACAGAGAGUGAGAACUGUGCAGGAGAACACAGUGUUUACUGGUUCAGACAUGGAUCAGGAGAAUCCCUUCCAGGAGUCAUUUACAGCCAUGGAAACAGGAGUGAUGAGUGUGAGAAGAGCCCUGAGGCUGGAUCUCCUACACGGAGCUGUGUCUACAGCCUCCCCAAGAGGAACCUCAGCCUCUCUGAUGCUGGGACUUACUACUGCGCUGUGGCCAUGUGUGGGGAGAUGCUGUUUGGCAAUGGGACAAAGGUUCACAUAGAAGGAUCUUUAUCUGCGAGUCCAGUAAUCAUUGGCCUGGGAACUGCACUACUUUUGUGCGUGACAAUAAUGGUUAUACUUGUGAGUACCAGAAAUAAGACGACAUGCUGUAAGCAUUGUGCAGCACGUGUCUCUGAGGAAGAUAAUCUUAAUUCCCCCAAGACAAAAGAAAGAAACAAGCAGGAACAUGACGCAGAGAUGCUGAAUUACACUGCCUUGCACUUUAAUGAGGAGAAGUCAAAAACUCAAAGAAUGAAGAGAGAGCAGAGUCUGUACUCUGAUGUGCGGUUAACAGAAUGAGAAUGAGACUAACAUCAGCCUGAUGCAUAUGUUUGAUGCUUUUUGUCUAAGGUAUGGCUCAAUAUUGCAGGUUAACCUUUUUGGGGUUUAAAAGGAGGCAGGUUAUGCUUGUGUUUAAUUCAGUAUAUUUUACAAUAUCAUUCUCUGUGGACAUUCUCUUAGACAGCUGGUUUAUGAUUAAUAAAGUUGUUUAGUGUGCCUACUGA